CAUCAUUGCGCGACCCCUUGUAGCAGCUUUGUAGCCAGGCGCCAGCCAGCCCAGACACGCGCGACCCACACGACGGCAGCGCGGCUCUACUCAAUUCAUCUCUUUGUCAACUCGGUCUCGUCGUCUUUCAUCGCCCUCGUCGUCGUUGUCCACACCACCACCACUCCCAUCACUCAACCUACGCGCCGCGCCGCGCCCACCCCCACACACGGCGCCAGGGCACACCACAGCCUCCGCCGGCAUCCGCCAAACCCCCACACCCGGAGCUGCUAGUAGCACGCCGCAGCGGACUCCGUCGCGUGCGCUCGGCCGCCCCCGCGCCCCCGCUCGCUCGCACCUAACUGCUGCUGCGAGUCCGCACCUCGCCGCCGCCGCCGCAGCUUGUAAAAGCAACAACGCCGCACGCGCGAGCCCGAGCCCUCCGCCCGCUGUGCUCGAGCCCCUCGGCGCACACGCAAAACCCUGCUCAUUUCCUUUUCCCUCCCCCCCACGCACGAGACUUGCUGGGCACAAGGGCCUCACAACGGCGACGCUCCUCCGCACACGCCUGCACGCCUUUAACAUUCUCCAAGCCAGCAGCCAGCAGAGAAGCCAGCGCGCACUGAACACACACACACACACUCGCCCACACGUGUCGUGUUACUCUUGCCGCCAUCGCACCACCACACACAUCCAUCCCCAACUUCAUCACUCAACCCCGCCACCGCCGUCCAACACUUAGCGCUGCCUCUGGCGCUCAUCGAUGGCCGCGCUAACCAUGACCGCUCCGGGCACGCCCCUCUCGCCGCUCGGCACGCUCGGCGCCGCGACAUCCUCGACCCCCUCACUCCCUUCGACCAUUGCCAUCGGUGCCGUCGCCCCCAAAGGCGCCGGCGGGCGGCCUGCAACGUCGGCAGGCGCGCCUGGCGCCGAUCCUUCGGGCUCGGGGGCAGGCUCACCCACCAGGAGAAUAACCAACAGGAUGACAAACCGCUACAGCGUCAACGCCAUGUACUCGCUCGCGGCCGAGCAGGACGUCGAGGUCGAAGACGAGCUUGCCCGCGCCCAAAAGCGCCUCCGCGACCUCAAGACGCGUAUCAGUAGCCAGAGCAAGAAGAACUUUGUUCUCGAACGAGACGUCCGAUACCUCGACUCGCGCAUCGGCCUGCUCAUCCAGAACCGCAUCGCCGCAGAUGAAAAGCGUCAAGUACAGGAGACGCUCGAGGACGUCAACGAGGAGGGUGGAGCCUUCCCAGACUCGCGCAAGCUAUCACAAUACAGCAACCUCUUUUUCCUCCUCCAGUCGGAACCACGGCACGUUGCUUCAUUGUGUCGCUUGGUAUCCUUAACGGAAAUCGACACGCUCCUGCAGACCGUCAUGUUCACGCUGUACGGAAACCAGUACGAGCAGCGUGAAGAGCACCUGCUGCUCACAAUGUUCCAAAGCGUCCUUGCUGCGCAGUUUGAGAGCACCACCGAGUUUGGAUCCCUCCUCCGUGCCAACACCCCCGUCUCCCGCAUGAUGACCACCUACACGCGCCGAGGGCCAGGUCAGGCCUACUUGAAGGACGUCCUGUCGGAGCGGAUCAACUCGCUCAUUGCGCACAAGGAUCUCAACCUCGAGAUCAACCCACUCAAGGUGUACGAGCAAAUGAUCCAGCAGAUCGAGGAGGACACGGGCGCCCUCCCCCCGUCGCUGCCGCGUGGUGUCCCCGCCGAGGUGGCGGCCGCCAAUGUCGACGUCCAGGCCAUUAUCCAGCCUCGUCUGACAAUGCUCAUGGAGAUUGCAGACACCUUCCUGGCAACCAUCAUGGACUCGAUCGAACUCGUGCCCUAUGGUAUCCGCUGGAUCUGCAAGCAGAUUCGAUCUCUCACCAGACGAAAGUACCCCGACGCGACAGACGCGUCCAUGUGCUCGCUCAUCGGCGGCUUCUUCUUCCUCCGUUUCAUCAACCCGUCCAUUGUCACUCCACAGGCCUACAUGCUUGUCACCGAGACUCCCGCCAGACACCCCCGAAGAACGUUGACAUUAAUCGCAAAAAUGCUCCAAAACUUGGCUAACAAGCCAAGUUACUCCAAGGAGGAGUACAUGAUGUCGCUCAACCCCUUUGUCGAGCAGAACAAGACGACCAUCAACCAGUUCCUCAACAACCUCUGCGAGGUCGGCGACUUUUACGAGUCGCUCGAGAUGGACCAGUACAUGGCCCUGACCAAGAAGGACCUCUCCAUCUCGAUCACCCUGAACGAGCUCUACAACACACACGCCCUGUUCCAGCAUCACAUUGACACCUUGUCACUCAAUGACCGUCAUCAUUUGCGCGUGCUCCUGGACGAGCUCGGACCCGCCCCAGCCCAAGUACCGCGUGCAGAGAACAAGAGCUUCCAGUUGUCCCUCUACUCACGAUGGGAGACGCCCAUUCAGGACCUGUCGACUGCACUCGUGUCAGACAGUGUCACGCAAAACGACCUGCACUUUAUGGAAACAAAGUCCAUCUUUGUCCAGCUGCUGCGUUCCAUGCCCCAGCUCGCCGACAGAAGACCCAUCGACCUGCCAGCAUUGGCAGAGCGCGCCGCCACGUCCAAGGACCCCGUGCUCGUCCGCCGUGGUAUCAAGGUCCAGAACCUGCUCUCCGAGCUCGAGGCUGCCGGCGUUGUUGACAAGGGUGACCACUACAAGAUCCUACAGGACGAAGUGUCGAUGGAGAUGGUCCACCUCGGUAACGCCCGCGAAAAGGUCAUUCUCGAGACCCGCUCCCUCGAGGCCGUGUAUCGCACCAUCUGCGACCACAACAACUACCUCCGGUCACAGAUUGAGCAGUACAAGGCCUACCUCGUCAACUCACGCAUGAUGAUGUCCAAGGACAAGGGGUCCGGCGGUGUGGGCGUCGUCAGCGUCAACGGCAAGGAGAGAAAGCUCGGCCGCGCCCAGUCGCUCGGCCCGUACCGCUUUACGCACUCUCAGUUUGAGAAGGAGGGAAUUAUCAUGGAGAGCAACGUGCCGGAGAACAGGCGCGCAAACAUCUUCUUCAACAUUGCAUCCCCCACGCCUGGGACCUUCCUCAUCGCGCUUCACUUCAAGGGGCGCGAGAAGCCCAUUCUCGAGAUGGACCUCAAGAUCGACGACCUGCUUGAGAAGCAAAAAGACAAUGACGCGACGCUCGACCUCGAGUAUGUCCAGCUCAACGUGCCCAAGGUGUUGGCACUCUUCAACAAGCUCUUUGCGAAGCGCAAGUAACCAUCCUCUUCCCUCCCCCGUAUCCCGAUCCCGGUUGUUUCUGGCCUCCCUAUCACCCGUCACCCAAUUGUCGUAUUCCCAGCCCAGUGGCACCUUGAUACCCCCUAUACCCUCCUAGGUCGAUUAAAACUACUCUCGGCCGCGUCCGUAUUCUCUGUUGCUGUGGUAGAUGCGGCGCGCUGCGCGCAUGGUCGCGACAUGUACUCGUCAUUAAAUGG